CAUAAUAUUUUUAUUAUAAUUGGUUUCAAGAAAAUCUGAAGCAGAGACUUCUUCCUAAACGUCGACGAGAGGAGAGUUCUUGGCGCCAUCAAGAUUAAAAGGAGAAAAUAUGGAAGAAGUCAUAGCUGGGGAACUUGUGUCGUUAGGAAUACAAAAGCUUUGGGAUUUACUGAGUCGAGAAUGCGAGCGAAUUCAGGGAGUCGAAGAUCAAGUUACUGGACUAAAACGUGAUCUAAAUUGGUUAAGCUCUUUUUUAAAAGAUGCAUAUGCCAAGAAACAUACAAGUGAGGUGGUGAAAAUCUGUGUUGAAGAGAUCAAGGAAAUUAUUUGUGAUGGAGAGGAUACUAUAGAAACCUUUCUUCUGAAGCAAAAACUCGGAAAAACAAGUGGAAUCAAGAUGCGUACCAAAAGACUUGCUUGCAUUGUUCCAGAUCGCAGGGAAAGUUCAUUAGAUAUUGCAGGCAUACGUACGAGGAUCUCCGAUGUUAUCCAAGAUAUGCAGAAGUUUGGAGUACAACAGAUGAUCAUUGAUGGUGGGUAUAUGCAACCUCUACGUGAUAGACAAAAGGAGAGACGAGAAACAUUUCCCAAGGAAAAUGAAAGUGAUGAUUUUGUGGCGUUGGAGGCAAAUGUUAAGAAAUUGGUUGGAUAUUUUGUGGAGGACGCUAACGUUCAAGUGGUUUCCAUAACCGGAAUGGGUGGUCUUGGUAAAACCACCCUUGCUAGACAAGUUUUUAAUCAUGAGGAUGUAAAACGUCAGUUUGACGGGUUCGCAUGGGUGUGUGUUUCACAAGACUUUACUCGGAAGAAUGUAUGGCAAAAGAUCUUGGGUGAUCUCAAACCCAAAGAAGAAGAAAAGAAAAUCUCAGAGAAGACAGAACCUAGACUCCAAGAUGAACUAAUUCGAUUGUUGGAAACGUCUAAGUCAUUAAUUGUCCUUGAUGACAUAUGGAAAAAAGAAGAUUGGGACCUAAUCAAGCCAAUAUUUCCACAGACAAAAGGUUGGAAAGUGUUGCUCACUUCACGAAAUGAGAGUAUCGUUGUGCCUAGAAGUACGACAUACAUCAACUUAAAACUAGAAUGUCUAACCACUAAAGACAGUUGGACACUUUUUCAAAGGAUAGCACUUCCUAUAAAAGAUGCAUCAGAAUUUAAGAUUGAUGAGGAAAUGGAAGAGAUAGGUAAGGAAAUGAUCAAACAUUGUGGAGGGCUACCAUUGGCAAUCAAAGUGUUAGGAGGUUUGUUAGCUGCAAAGUACACACUACAUGAUUGGAAAAGAUUAUCUAAGAAUAUUGGGUCUCAUCUCCUGGGAGGAAAAACUAAUUUUAAUGGCGACAACAACAAUUCAUUCAACUAUGUAUUGUCUCUGAGCUUUGACGAGUUGCCUAGUUAUUUGAAGCAGUGUUUCCUCUACCUGGCCCAUUUUCCAGAAGAUUAUAUGAUAAAGUUAGAGAACUUGUAUUAUUACUGGGCUGCAGAAGAAGUAUUCGAACCUAGGCAUUACGAUGGAGAGACCAUUCGAGAUGUUGGAGAUGUCUACGUAGAGGAGUUGGUGAGGAGAAAUAUGGUCGUAUCUGAAAGAGAAGCUACGACUCUGAGAUUUGAAACUUGUUAUUUGCAUGACAUGAUGAGAGAAAUUUGUUUGUUGAAAGCCAAAGAAGAGAAUUUCCUACAAAUUACCAGUAGCGGCCCUCCAACCGCAAACCAUCAAUCUACUGUCAAAUCUCGCAGAUUUGUCUUACACAAUCCUACUACAUUACAUGUUGGGAGAGAUAUAAACAAUCCAAAACUUCGAUCUCUCAUGGUUGUUCAGGUGAAUAAGUCAAGAUGGAAGCUGUCAGGUUCAAGUUAUAGAAGGGUAGAACUUUUAAGGGUGUUAGAUCUCAGUGGAGCCAAGUUUAAAGGAAGGAAUUCAGCUCAGGGCAUUGGGAAGCUCAUCCAUUUAAGAUACUUAAGCUUAAAACAUGCUAAGGUAUCUCAUAUACCUUCUUCUCUAGGAAAUCUGAAGUUGCUGAUCUAUCUGAAUUUAUCUGUACAUACUAGGCCUAUAUGUGUACCCAAUGUCUUGAAGGGAAUGCAAGAUUUGAGAUACCUUGCAUUACCAUAUGUUAUGCGGAGGAAGCCACAACUAGAGUUGAGUAAUCUAGUAAACUUGGAGACCCUGAAAAAUUUCUCAACAAAGAAUAGCAGUUUGGAAGAUCUUCGUGGUAUGGUCAGGCUGAGGAGUCUCAUCAUCAGAUUAACUGAGGAGACGACUAUGGAAACUCUAUCUGCAUCAAUAGGUGGACUGCAAUACCUGGAAAAUCUUGAUAUAGAGGCAAGUGACUGGAGGAUAAAAGAAGAAAUAGUUUUGGAUUUCGCUCAUGUAAAAAAGCUGAGUUUUGGUACGAUUAUGCCAAGACUUCCUAAAGAAGAACACUUCCCUUCUCACUUAAUGAUAUUGGAGCUGGGAUCAUGUUAUUUGGAGGAGGAUCCAAUGCCGAUUCUUGGGAAAUUGCUUCAUUUGAAAGAGGUUCGUUUUGGGAUUGCUGCUUUCUAUGGAAGCGAAAUGGUUUGCUCGGACGGUGGGUUUCCUCAGUUGGAGAAGCUCGAUAUAAAUAGACUAUAUAACUGGGAAGAGUGGAAAGUAGAAGAAGGCUCCAUGCCCCUUCUUCAUACUCUUUCUAUUAAUAGAUGUCGAAAAUUAAAAAAGCUUCCGGAAGCGUUGCAAUUCAUCUAUUCUUUAAAGGAUCUACAACUGGACAUGGAAUGGAAGGAGAGACUGUCGGUAGGAGGAGCAGAUUAUGACAAAGUCCAACACAUUCCUUCUGUUGGAUUCUAUGCAAUUACGGACGAGGCACGUGAAAUGAUACUACAGGCCUACAGUGAUUAUAUUAUACGACAUGUCUAAGUGAGACUUAAUCAGUGAGUUUGGGAAGAGUUGAAGAGAGACAGGGUUUUCACGAACUCUGUCUGGUAUGACAAACUCAUAUCUAUCUAUUACUUUGCUGAUUCAGAGAGAUCUGAGGCAUAUCAUUCUGCAAUUAGUAUAAUUCUCUUUGUGUUGUCUUUUAUCUGUGUGUGUUACCAAGCGACUCGGCUUGACUGUUCAUUACAAACUUUAUCUCUGUAUGUAACUUUAUUAGUUGCUUUGAACUUGUGUUUUACCUCUCAUAGAUAAUUAUUCACUCCACUAUUCAUGGUUAAACAUGGAGACUUGUGGCCGAGACUAUUGUACGUAUAUAAUUUGGAGUUCUAUACGCUUUAGGAGCCUGUGAAUAAAAAAUCUGAAUAUUCACAGA